AAGCAUAGCAAAAAAGAAAAGCAGAACAAAUUUCUACUUUUUUUUUUUUUUGCUGGUAGUAGCUAUGGGUAGUCUUUCACCUUGGCCUGAAAGACUGUCAAGCAACAAGAAAAGGGCCAUACAAGAACUUGCUCAAGGCCAAGAGUUUACUACCCAGCUUCAGAUUCUUUUACACAAGCCAUCUGAAGAAGGAGUGAGUCUCUUAGCUAUGGAACUUGCGCAGAAGAUCUUGAGAUCUUUCAAUCAGACAAUUUCUUUGUUGAGUUCUGUUGACUCUGCUGAGGUUUCUAAGAAUCAGGCAACUUCUAACGAUGAUUCCCCCUGUUGUGAUGACCGGAGGUCUGAAAAUUCUAGUGAAAGCAGGAAGAGACCUGCCUCUAAGGACAGGAGAGGCCGUUACAAGAGGAAGAGGGAUGCACAAACAUGGACGGUAGUUUCUGCUACAACGGAAGAUGGUCAUGCCUGGAGGAAAUAUGGACAAAAGGAGAUCCUCAAUUCUAAACAACCAAGGAGUUACUUCAGGUGCACUCGCAAGUAUGAUCAAGGUUGUAGAGCCACCAAACAAGUCCAAAGAAUGGAAGAUGAUCCCCAAAUGUAUCAGACCACUUAUAGUGGAACCCACACCUGCACACACUUGUUCAAGGCUCCCCAAAUCAUCAAAGAUUCUGAAUCUUGGGAAUCUCAAAUGGUCACUUCUGGCGACUCAAAAAUCCCAAGCAAACAACACCAUCAUCACUUGAAUCCAACUACCGCUCCAAACGUAAAGCAGGAAUCCAAGGAAGAGACAACACCAAGUGAUCUUACAGACUUGGAUUCUAUCAUGUGGAAAGAUAUUAUGGCUGGUGCUUUCGAAUACUCCUCUGAGCCUGGAAUGGUGUCUGAUUAUGGGAAUGCGGUCUAUAACGUGUAUCCAUGUAUUGAAAUCACUUCUCGGAAUUUCGGAUUGGACUUUGAGAUUAAGCCUGUAGAGUUUGAAAAUGAUUUUGAAUUUGAUGAAAGUGAUGUCUAGUCUAGCUGCUUGUAAAGUUAAUUUGUAGCGACAUAUUUAGAUGAACUUAGAUGAAGUUUAUAAAGUUUUUUUUUAAAAUAUUUUA